ACUAAGCACUUUUCCCUCGACGAGCUAUAAUUUCACAAGUAAACAAGGAAGGAAAAGCAUUUGUCAAAUGAUUUGAUUUGGCAAAUAACCGCUCGCAGACUUUCACUGUGGCGACAGGUAAACUGACUUAAAAAGUUGUUCAUACUCAAUAAUUUAAGCCUCCUCCACUAAUUGAAGAUAUUGGUCAAAUUCACUGCACACAUGACAGCGCAGACUCCCACGCACGCAAUGUUUUGAUGCGUGCGGCAAUGGCCGAUUCCAUCCCAGCCAUUGUUACUUCCUGCCAUUUCACGACAGUUCCAGCAUAGUUUCCCACAUCAUUUUGUAUCUUCCUGAGCGAAUAACAAACAGGAAACACAACCGCGACAGAGGGAGUGGCGCGACGUCCAGCCACUGACAGGUGACGGGAUCAAACGCUACAGCCAAUGGCGAAAUAGAAGAAGGGCAGGACUUCCUGUGCGUGACGUAAAUUUUACAGUCAAGCUUGGAAGCCCCACCUUUUGUGUUUCCCGCACCGUCAAUCAAAAUAGAAAAAAUCGACUCGAAUCACCGAUCGCAGCCCGCCUUUUGAUUAAAAUAAUCAUGUUUGGCGUUUAAAUAAACUGAAAGUCUCCCGAUUUAAAUCGCCCACGCUAUGACUGCCCCCGAACAGCCAGUGAAGCAGGAGGAAAUGGCUGCCCUGGACGUGGACGGCGGGCAAAGCGAGUACGCACAGCACGGCGGCGGAGGAGCCGACCAGGACACUCAGCCGUCACCGCUCGCUCUGCUGGCGGCUACCUGUAGCCGGAUCGGGUCACUAUUACCAGAGGAGGGUGCCGAUGCAUCCGCCGCUGCCGCCGCCGCCGGCGUGACAACAGACCUCACGCCCAUACAGUUAACGGGAACGAGCGAAAGAUGGGAGGUUUUGGCUCCUACGGCGUCGAUAAAAGAGGAACCAAGCAUAGUGCACAUCCCGAACGCUGGCAUGGUGACCUCCAACGGACAGUAUGUUUUUCCUCUCCAGAAUAUGCAGAGCCAACCUAUUUUUGUGACAUCGGGAACAGACACGUCCACCAACGCAGUGCCUAACAUUCAGUACCAGGUGAUCCCGCAGAUCCAGACUGCGGACGGACAGCUGGGGUUUCCCACCUCCUCUGUGGACGGGGCCACCCUCAGCCAGGAUGCCACGGGGCAGAUCCACAUUGUGCACGAUGCGGUUCAGGGCAUCGGCGCCACCGGGACCUCUUCCGCCGAUAUCCUCACCAACAGCCAGAACCUCAUGUCUCAGACUGGGCACGUCCAGCACAUCCAGGGAGUUUCAAUUGCCAGUUCUGCAUACAGCAGCCAGGGUCAGGUUGUCACUAAUGUGCCUGUUGGAUUGCCUGGGAAUAUCACCUUCGUACCCAUCAACAGUGUGGACUUGGACUCACUUGGCCUUUCUGGAGCCCAAACGAUAGCUACGGGGGUUACUGCAGACGGCCAGCUGAUCAUGGCUGGACAUCCCGUGGACAGGUCCGAAAGCUCAGAGAAAUCCGGCGAGCAGAUCUCACGGCCACUGGCUGUUGGGGUUUCCGACACUAACCAAGAAAUAUAUGUGCCAACGACGUCAUCUUCGCGACUGCCGGAGACGAUAGAUGGCACGGGGGUGCUGACGCAGGCCACGGCCGUGUCCUCCGCAGCGGGCGAGCAGGCAGAUGCAGCCAGGCUUCAGGAGAGCUACGAUGACCAGAACCAGGUCCAAAAUGUUCAGGGGACCUCGGCUCAGCCCAUCAUCCAACUCCAGCCCGUGGCCGUAAGCACCAGCGAAGCCCAGGUUGUUCAGGGCCUCCCCCAGUCUCAGGGCCAGGUUGCGGGACAGACCCUGCCGCUCCUCAACCCCGGUACCUUUCUCAUCCAGGCCCAGACGGUCACACCCUCAGGGCAGAUCCAGUGGCAGACCUUCCAGGUGCAGGGGGUCCAGAACCUGCAGAACCUCCAGCUGCCCACUGGCUCGGCACAGCAGAUCACAUUGGCUCCUGUGCAGACGCUGUCCUUGUCCCAGGCUGGGGCGCUGGGCACCAGCUCUGUCAGCAUCAACACGGGGCAGAUCCCCAACCUGCAAACAGUGACAGUCAACUCGGUGGCCCAGGCAGGCAUUCAGUUCCAGCCUGUGGAGGACACAGGCAGCCCUGCAGAUAUCCAGAUCAAGGAAGAGCCAGACUCUGAGGAGUGGCAGCUGAGCAGCGACUCUACCCUAAACCCCAGCGACCUGUCACACCUGCGGGUGCGACUGGUGGACGAGGACCUCGAGCAGCCUGGUCAGGAAGGCAAGCGGCUCCGCAGGGUAGCCUGCACCUGCCCAAACUGCAAAGAAGCUGGCGGCAGAGGGUCAAACAUGGGAAAGAAGAAGCAGCACAUCUGCCACAUCCCAGGCUGUGGGAAAGUGUAUGGGAAGACGUCACACCUGCGAGCUCACCUGCGUUGGCACUCUGGUGAGCGACCCUUCGUAUGCAGCUGGAUGUUCUGUGGGAAGCGGUUCACACGUAGCGACGAGCUACAAAGACACCGGAGGACGCACACAGGAGAGAAGAAGUUUGUGUGCCCGGAAUGCUCGAAGCGGUUCAUGCGUAGCGACCACUUGGCUAAACACAUCAAGACCCACCAGAACAAAAAGGGCAUGAACUCAAGUGGAGUGGCGACAGCGAUGGUGGAGGAUUCAGCCGCGGCUUCCUCGGAUAGCAUUAUCACGGCAGCGGGUACCACCCUCAUCCUCACCAACAUCCAGCAGGGCUCUGCCCAGGGUCUGGGAACUGUCAGCACCACCACUGCGCAAGAGCUGCUCUCCAACCAGGAGAUCCCUUUACAGCUCGUUACCGUCUCCGCCAGCGAGGUGAUGGAUUAGCCCCCACCCAGCACUAGGACUUCUUAAUCCUCUACAUUUCCCCUCAUUUUUUACACACGCAU